GGUGGAUUUUCUGAGUUCUCCAGCUCUUUCCCGGGUCUCUGUGAAGGAAAAUCCACGCUCGUCCCUACUUGCAUUUCUCAGCCAUGCCUACCUGUCUCCAACAUUGGCCCAACCAGAAUCCUGCCUCAUCUCUAUCUUGGGUGUCAGCGGGAUGUCCUCAACAAGGAGCUGAUGCAGCAGAAUGAUAUUGGCUAUGUACUGAAUGCCAGCAAUACUUGUCCAAAGCCUGAUUUUAUUCCAGAAUCCCAUUUCCUGAGAGUGCCUGUGAAUGACAGCUUUUGUGAGAAAAUUUUGCCUUGGUUGGAUAAAUCAGUUGAUUUUAUAGAAAAAGCAAAAGCAUCAAAUGGUCGUGUGUUGGUGCACUGUUUAGCUGGAAUAUCUCGUUCUGCCACAAUCGCUAUCGCAUAUAUCAUGAAGAGAAUGGAUAUGUCCUUAGACGAAGCUUACAGAUUUGUGAAAGAAAAAAGGCCAACCAUUUCUCCCAACUUCAACUUUCUGGGCCAGCUUUUGGACUUUGAGAAAAAGAUUAAGAACCAGAGCAGUCAGCCUGGACAUAUUAGUAAGCUGAAACUUCUGCAUUUGGAAAAAAGCAGUGAGCACAUGGUGGUCCCAGAAGGUGGGCAGAGCAGUCUCUCCACGAACCAGCUCUGCAUUACCACUACCUCCGAGCUGGUGGAACAGAAGCCGACGGACUGUGGCAGCGCACCACACAGGCACUCAUCCCCUCUAGAAGAUGGCCCACUGGAACAGGGCAUAAACGGACUGCACGUCUCCCUCGAUAAGGUGGAGGACAGCAACCGGCUGAAGCGCUCCUUUUCUUUGGAUAUCAAAUCUGUGUCCUACUCGGCAAGUAGCAACUGUGUGACUGCAUCUGUUCAGGGCUUUGCCUCCUCUGAAGACACCCUGGAAUACUACAAACACACGACUGCUUUAGAGGGCAGCAGUAAGUUGUGUCAGUUCUCCCCUGUCCAGGAGGUCUCAGAGCAGACCCCAGAAACCAGCCCUGAUAAAGAGGAAGCAAACCCUCCCAAGAAACCCCAGAACACCUGGCAGCUGGAUACCCAGAGCAAACGGCAACACCUGGGGAGAGCCACCAGCAGUGCCACCACUCAGCGGUCGCUCCUGUACCCCCUCCACAGGAGCGGGAGUGUCGAAGACAAUUACCGAACGAACUUCUUGUUUGGUCUCUCCACCAGCCAGCAGCAUUUGGCAAAGUCUGCUGCUGGGUUGGGCCUCAAAGGCUGGCACUCGGACAUCUUGGCUCCUCAGACAUCGGCUACGUCCCUUACCAACAGCUGGUAUUUUGCAACUGAGUCCUCGCAUUUCUACUCUGCCUCUACCAUCUAUGGGAACAGCACAGCUUACUCUGCCUACAGCUGUAGUCAGCUGCCCACGGGCUGUGACCAAGCCUGUGCUGUGCGCAGGAGGCCAAAGCAGGGUGAUCGAGGUGACUCCAGGCGGAGCUGGCACGAGGAAAGCUCUUUUGAAAAGCAGUUUAAGCGCAGAAGCUGCCAGAUGGAGUUUGGGGAGAGCAUCAUGUCAGACAACAGAUCCAGAGAAGAACUGGGGAAAGUAGGCAGUCAGUCGAGCUUUUCAGGCAGCAUGGAAAUCAUUGAAGUGUCUUGA